AUGGACAUCAUCUACUCUAAUUGGAAAACUGCUGGAGCUGUACAAAAUUCCACAGUUAUUGACGUUGCCAUAAGUGAGGAGAGUUACAACCUCUACAAUGCUGUGUAUGCUGUGGCUCAUGCCCUUCAUGAUUUAUUGCUUCAUCAAGCAGAAUUUCAGGGACUAGGAGGUGUAAAGAGACUGGUGCAUUUCCCCUGGAAGACCCCACAAUCCCUAUGCAGUGAGAGUUGUGGUCGUGGAUUCAGGAAAGUACAUGUGGAAGGAAAGGCCAUUUGUUGCUUUGAUUGCAUCCCUUGUUCAGAAAAUGAGAUCUCUAAUGAAACAAUAGAUAUGGAGCAGUGUUUAAGGUGUGCAGAUAAUCAAUAUGCUAACAUGCAGAGAAUUCACUGCAUUAAAAAACGUGUGGCCUUCCUAUCCAAUGAAGACACCUUGGGGAUGAUUUUAACCUUCUUAUCCUUGGGCUUCUCUGGAUUGACAGUUUCUGUUUUGGGGGUCUUUUUAAAACACCGAGACACUCCAGUUGUCAAAGCUAAUAAUCGAACACUUAGUUAUAUUCUGCUCAUCUCCCUCAUCCUCUGUUUUCUCUGUUCUUUGCUCUUCAUUGGUCAUCCCAACCCAGCCACUUGCAUUCUGCAGCACACCGUAUUUGGAACUGUGUUCACUGUGGCUCUUUCCACUGUCUUAGCCAAAACUGUUACUGUGGCACUGGCCUUCAGAGUUACUUCUCCAGGAAGAAGGAUGAGGUGGUUACUGAUAUCAAGAGCACCAAACUUCAUAGUACCCUUCUGCACUCUGAUCCAACUUAUUUUCAUUGGCAUCUGGCUGGGGACAUCACCUCCUUUUAUUGACAUAGAUAUACAUUCAGAAUAUGAACACAUCAUCAUUGUGUGCAACAAGGGCUCAGUCACUGCCUUUUAUUGUGUCCUGGGAUACCUGGGCUGCCUGGCACUGGGGAGCUUCACCCUGGCUUUCCUGGUGAGAAACUUGCCUGAUACUUUUAAUGAAGCCAAGUUCCUGACAUUUAGCAUGCUGGUAUUUUGUAGUGUCUGGGUCACUUUCCUUCCUGUCUACCAAAGCACCAAGGGCAGGUCUGUUGUAGUCACUGAGGUAAUAUCUAUCUUGGCUUCUGGUGCUGGCCUACUUGGAUGCAUUUUUCUUCCAAAGUGCUAUGUUAUUUUAUUAAGGUCAGAAAAAAUUUAUAGUUAUCAUUCUAAGAAUAAGAAACACUUUGAAACUAAAAUGUCUUCUGAAUAUUAA